GCUCAUUGAAAAUGGUCUGCAGGCCGCGCAUGCGCUUCAGUCCGAAAACGAAACAAAAUCAAAACCAAAAACCAAACCGAUUCCGAUAUAAAAGCCAAGCGACAGUCGCGUGUUCGCGUUUUGCUUCGUUUUAAUUUCGGUUUUUCUUUCUUUUAAUAUUUUUUUUAACUGUGUAAAAAAUAAAGUGUUGUGUGUGCUGUGCUCUGUGUGCAUUGGAAGUUUGACGCCUCUGAGAGUUGUGAAAAAGCCUCUCGAUUUUAAAUCGAUUUUAAAAUUUGGAAGGCGAACGUGAGCGGCCGAAAAUUGAAAAUUCCUCGAUCAGGAUGUUCCGUUGGGAUGGGUGCCUGGCGCUGAUCGUCCUCCUGCAGCUGGGAGGCGUGACGCUCGCCCUGCCAAACAUCCAGGGCGUGAACGUGCAGCAGCAGCUGGACAAGAGCUUCUUUCAGCCGCCGGAAAUCGAGCAGACGAUCGACGAGGUGCAGAAGAUACUGGCCAAUGAUCCAGCCCUGCCAAGACUGACGCGGGGCGAAAUCGAGGAGCUGUACGAGAAGGUGACCCGCGAGGAGUACGAAAAGAGCCUGGAGGCGGGCGACAUGAGCCGGGCGGACAGCAUGCGCGCCCUGAUGCUCGUCCUGCCCUUCAACACGGACAACAACACGGAGGAGAAUCUCCAGGAGCUGUACACCCGGAAGCCAGUCACCCGGGUCAUCGAUGCGUAUACCCCGCCGGAUCCAGUGAAGUUCCUCACACCAGAUCCCUCUGCUCUGCCAAGGAGUACGGUGCCUGGUGGAAAUCCUGCCGUGGCAGCGACCACCUACAAGCCAGCCUACAGCAUACAGCAGAAUCAUCCUCUCCAGCAGCAGCAGUUUAGACCCAUGCCGCAGGCCACCACCUACCAUCCGCCGGCUCCACCACCGGUGGUCUAUCAGGAUUUCAAGCCAGUCACUGCUGUUGCUCCACCUCCUCCAGCCGCCGCUAGGUUUAGCUCCCACUACAGUGCCAAGAAUGCGCAGUUCCUGAGGAAACCCAAACCGAAGUCAACCUCCUCCAGUACAGUGAAGCCCGUGGCGGACAUACUCGAGAGUUUGGGCAUCGUUUCGGGUGGGAAAAGCGAUUCUUCCGGUGCCGCACACAAGCGAUAUGCCUUGGAUGACUAUUAUCUCCCAGCGGAGAGUGCCCCGCAGCCUUCGGUGGUGGCGGUGGCGGAUCUGAGGGGCCUCCAGGGAGCACGCAUCCGACCAGAGGCCUACUCGAACUUCAAGCCCUUGAAUAUUGGCGAGGAGCUGAGGGUUAAACCCGAGGUGGAGGGCUAUCUCACAAGAUUUGGGAUUGUUAAAAAAGCACCCAAGGCGCUGAAGAAGGAGGUGGUCAAGCCAACGGAGGAGCCCACUGGUGCCCAUACGGAGCUGUCCACGGCAACGGCCAGGUUACCCAGUGCCAAUUCCAAUCCCACGGGCAACGCCGAGUUGGCCAAGCUGCUGGAGAAUCUCCAGGAACUGGAGCGACUUCAGUUGCAGACAAAAAGAAAAAGUACUCCUACGAAAAGCAGCACUACCAGAAGUACUACUACCAGUACUACUACUCCCAGCACUACUACUUCUAGUACCUCCACCAGUAGUACUACUACUACAACUACUCCUUCUCCUUUACCCCUCAUCACCCAUGGCGAACCACUGCUCAUCGAGGCCAAGAAGCCGCGCCGACGCAUCGAUCCCAAUAUAGACUUGAACUUUGCCAGUGCGGGCAACCACCAGACGACGGCCAGCAGCUCCGAUGAGCUGUCCAAGCUGCUGCAGAACCUCCAGGAGCUGGAGAAGCUGAAGAUCAAUCCGGAGAAUGUGAUCAAGGCGGCCAGUCCGAGUGUGCAGGAGUUAAGCAGGGGUUUUACUACUACUACUAGUAGUACUACCACCACCACUACUCCUUCUCCCGCCCAAAAUGAAGCAAGGGAGCUGCAGCGAAUCCUCAAGCAGCUGCAGCAGUUGGAGCAGCAGCAAACCAUCAGCAGGAAGACCAGCACAACGAGCACCACGGUGAAGCCGACGAGGAGUCAGGGCUUGGGCCUGGGUGCCGCCGAUCUUCUCCAGCUGCAGCGACUCCUGAGCGACGAUCGCGAGCUGGAGAAGCUGUACGAGCAGGCCAGGAAUGGGAAAAAGAAGCAGCAGCCGAAGGUGACCACCAGUAGCACCUCCACUUCAACCACCUCUACAACCACCACGCCACGACCCACUCCCUCGGUGAAUCAUGAGCAAUUCGCCGCCUUGAUUACCCGCGUCCAGCAGUUGGAGCAACUGCAGCAGCCCAGCAGCACCACGCCGCCUAAUUUCCUUACCAGAAAUGUGGCGGGAUCGGGGAUCUUUGAAUCUCUGCCCAGCAACGAUUUUGCCCAUCUGCAAGAGCUCUCACCAACCUCUUCCUCCCGAGGAGGAGGAGACCUGCUCCAGGUGGAGAUCUCCACGGCGGCAUCGACUUCCAAGCAAAGACAACGACCUCUGAGUCACUUUGAGCGUAGCAAUGGCCUCGCCCGGCAGGACGAAGUGCAUCCGCAGGACUAUGUGCAGCUGCAGAAGCUGCUGAGCAAAGUGCAGGAACUGGAGAGGGUGCAACUGGUGACCCAAUCGCAGUCGCAGCUUCCAUCUCAGCUGGUAACCGCCGCCUCGGUGCGCACGCCCAAUGUGAAGACGCUCAAUGGAGCGCACAUUGUCUACGCUGAGCCGGCGAAGGAGCAGCAGGUGGAUCCCGAACCUGAGCUCAAGCUGGAUCUACCCGUUUACCAGAAGCCUCAACAGACAGCCUCUCAAUCCUCCAGCGAGGAGCUGCGUGAACUGGCCAUGAGCCAGCCCGCCCAUCCCAGCGCAUCCUCGCCAGACUUUCGGGAGUUCCAGCAGUUCUUUGGCAGCCUGGAGGAUACGGGCGAAAGGCAGAGCUACCAGCAUAUGCAGCCCAUUUAUAAGCAGGCUGUGACUCCUCCUGCUCCGCCUCGUUUUGUGCCCGCCAGGAGAAUGCCUAGUACUACUCCACCUAGAAAAGCAGAUCUCGAGGAGCUGCAGAAGCUGCUGUACAACACCCAGCAGCUGCAGAAACUGGGCGUGGCCCUGCCCCACGAGCUCUCGCAGCAGUUGGAGAGCCAGCUGCAGGCCACCUCCACCACAUCCUCCUCCACAACUAGCACUACAACUAGCACAACUCCUGCUCCCGUUCAAAUCCAUGAUACCUCCUCGCCGGCUGUCUUCUCGCUGACCACCAGUCGUCCCAGGGAGGCGAAACCCAAGCCCCAGACGACGGAGAGCAGCCUGCAGCUGCCCGUUUUCAGUGCCACCAAGAUUAUAGAGGCGGCCAUCAAAAGGGCGGCCAAUAGGAUUGGUGUGAGCACUGAACUGGCGCCCAAGCAGCAGGGAAAUCUGCUCAAGGGUUUGGGCGUGGGUUUCAGGCGACGCAGCGAUGAGGGGGAUGAUGAGAUGGAGAAUCUCCAUGAGGAUGAGGAAAGAGAGGGCGAACUGGAUGGCGAUCUAAUGGCAGAGUUCAGUGAGCUCAACUAUCAGCUGGCCAAACCGGAGACGACGCUUAAGGAAAAGAGGGAGGAUCAAGGAGGAUCAGGAGGCAAGAGUCAGCUGAGCGAACUGCAGCGCUUGAUUAGCAAUCUCCAGGAGCUGCAGCAGCUCAAUGUGAGCCUGGAUCAGGUGGCUACAGUUCCUCCUCCUCCUGUUUCACCAGAUGCCGCCUAUCUGCAGUCCCUGCAAAAUGGUCAGGAUGAGACCUUAAAAUCAAGACGACAGAGCGAGGGAAAUGGAACUGCUAGUACAGAGGAGAAUAAGGAGGAUACAACCACCCAAUCCCCCACCAAAAUCAGCUUGAAUUUGGGCUUGGAUGAUGGUGACACCAAAGGAGCAGGCGAGGAAGUGGAGGAUAGUAGUAGUACUAGUAGUUCUAGUACCACCACAACGACAGAAGAAUCCCGUAAUGGUUCGCUAGACGACCUGGCCGACUCUUUUGGACCCGAUCCCGUCAGCGAGGAGCCACCGCCGCCGAAGAAGAAAAACGGCUUCUACUUCCUGGCCGACUGGAACUCGUUCCUCGAAGUGGGCGACGGCGAUGAUCAGGUGGUGGUGCGUCUGAGCCCUAAGAUCGGGGAUCCGCGACUCUUUCUGCCCGUCAAGAUUCCCUCGUAGGAGUGGCUGUACUCCCUAAGCUGUACAUAUGUUAUCCCUCCUUCUAAUUCCUCAUUCCAAUACCUCGAUUGUAACCCCUUCCGUAAUGUGUGUGUAUUUAUUGUAGUCACUAUCCCACUCUCCAUUCGGAUCCCGAAUUCUGAAUCUGAAUCCCCCGUAGUCGUAAGCUGGGCCUAGGCUGUAAGAGUCAAUCACCAAUCACUGUCACCGAGUCGUGGUUAAUGCUAUGUAUAUGUGUAACUAGAGCUCUCGAAAUAAAGAUAUAUCUACUUAGUUAAAA